AUGACACUCAGGAGUGCCAUAAAAGCCAGAACCUCAAAAGGACUGAUCGGAGCUGUUAUUAUAGCCUCAAUAAUAUUUUUCACCACAGUAACCUUCUACGAUGAAAGCAAAAUUGUCGGCAUAAUAAGAGUUUCUGAUACUUAUACAGGCCAUAGCGCUGUAUCUUCAACUUUCAAUGCUUCUUCCGUUGUUAGUGACAACAAGAUCAACGGAUAUGGACUUCCUUUGAUUGACACGGAAUCAAAUAGCCGUUAUGAGGAUCCAGACGAUAUUUCCAUUGAAAACGAAUUGCGCUAUAGAAUUGCCCAAUCUACCAAAGAGGAAGAAAACAUGUGGAAACUCGAUACCACUCUCACGGAAGCAAGCUUGAAAAUCCCCAACAUACAGUCGUUUGAGCUGCAGCCGUUCAAAGAAAGACUUGAUAAUUCACUUUACAAUUCUAAGAACAUAGGAAACUUUUACUUCUAUGACCCAAGGCUUACAUUCUCAGUUUACUUGAAGUAUAUCAAGGAUAAAUUGGCCUCUGGAAGCACAACAAAUCUUACAAUACCCUUCAACUGGGCACAUUUUAGAGAUUUAUCGUCACUGAAUCCUUAUUUGGACAUAAAACAAGAAGAUAAGGUCGCAUGUGAUUACUUUUAUGAAUCAAGUAAUAAAGACAAACGAAAACCCACGGGUAACUGUAUUGAGUUUAAAGAUGUUCGUGAUGAGCACCUGAUACAGUAUGGGAUUUCAUCAAAAGACCAUCUACCUGGUCCUUUUAUUUUAAAGUCACUUGGAAUUCCCAUGCAGCAUACAGCCAAGCGACUGGAAUCAAAUCUUUAUCUAUUAACCGGUGCGCCAGUUCCACUUUCAUUAAGUUUCAUGACUAAAAAGGGAUUAUACCAAGUUGGAGUUGACCAAACAGGAAAACUUGAUCCAAACAUUGCUCGUACUGAACUAUGGGAGUUUUACAAAAAUGGGAAAGAAAACCUUCAAUUUAAUGCACAAGAGGAGCUAUCUCACCUGAUAGAGACAGUCCCUUCAUCUAGUAACUCAUCCAGUGGAGAAGGCUAUUUCACUACUGAAUUAAAGGAGAACAACUUUGAGUUGCCCCUGAGUAAGAAUGAUUUUACCUUUGAUGAUUCCGAGGUCGAGUCAUUGAUUAAAGGUUUAUCUGAACAGGACUUGGACCUUCAUACCCAGAGAUACAAAGAAUCUUUGCAGUACUCUUUUGCGACUCGAGAGAAUGACGUGAAGAAAUACUUUUAUGAGGCCAGAAUGAUUAUCAAUACUGUUAACAAAGAAGGUGGAGCGCAUUAUGACUGGAGGUUUUUCAAUGGAGCCAUGAAUCAUGAAAGUUCCGGUUUUACUGAGGAAGAAAGACAACUGAGAAAGAGAUCUGUUUUGCAUCGUUUAUUGCGAAACUGGCUUGUAUUCAAUUACCAGCAAGGAUCUCCCACUUGGUUGGCUCAUGGAACUUUACUUUCUUGGUAUUGGAAUUCAUUGAUGUUCCCUUGGGAUUAUGAUAUUGAUGUGCAAAUGCCAAUCAAGAGUUUGAACAAUCUAUGUGCUAACUUCAACCAAUCAUUAAUAAUUGAGGAUCUUACUGAAGGAUAUUCUUCUUUUUUCUUGGAUUGCGGAUCAAGUAUCACGCAUAGAACAAAAGGCAAAGGAUUAAACUUCAUUGAUGCAAGAUUCAUAAAUGUUGAAACAGGCCUUUAUAUCGAUAUCACUGGAUUAAGUACCAGUCAGUCAGCUCGACCGCCAAGGUUUAGUAACGCUUCGAAGAAAGAUCCUAUUUACAAUUGCAGGAAUAAUCAUUUCUACUCUCAUAACAAUAUAGCACCUCUCAAAUACACGUUGAUGGAGGGGGUUCCCAGUUUCAUUCCUCAACAGUAUGAAGAAAUAUUGAGAGAGGAGUAUACAACUGGUUUGACUUCGAAACACUACAACGGCAACUUUUUUAUGACUCAAUUGAAUUUGUGGCUUGAAAGAGAUCCAAUGCUAGCACUUGUGCCUUCAUCCAAAUACGAAAUUGAAGGUGGAGGGGUGGACCAUAACAAGAUUAUCAAGUCUAUUCUUGAACUUUCCAACAUCAAAAAAUUGGAAUUGUUGGAUGAUAAUCCCGAUAUAUUAGAGGAGGUGAUCAGGACAUACGAACUGACUUCCAUUCACCAUAAAGAGAUGCAGUAUCUUUCCAGUGUCAAACCAGAUGGGGACAGGUCCAUGCAGUCAAAUGACAUAACCAGUUCUUACCAGGAGUUUCUAGCAAGUCUGAAGAAAUUCCAGCCUUUACGCAAAGAUUUGUUCCAAUUUGAGCGGAUAGACCUUUCUAAGCAUAGAAAACAGUGA